UCCAAAAUGGCCGCCGGAUGGCAGGAAGCAGUAAAAUCAUCUGAUUUUGUGUACACAAUGUAUUGUUUUUAGUAAAUAUAUCAAUAAUGUAAUGCCGUGACAGAUCUUACCAAAUAAACUUUUUUUUCUCACAAUUAAACAACAUGAACAGACAUCAAAUUUUAACUGGUGCUUGCAACAGAGGAUAUUGUUAUGCCCUUGGAACAGUAGAAGGUGUUGUUUUUAUCGCUUAUGCAUCAGGAUGUGAUAUAGUUAUUUUGGCAAGUAACUUUGAGAGGGUGGUCACCAUCCCUGGUGUGCUACGGGGCAGCAUUAAAGUUAGCUGUGUGGAUUGUUCGACAGAUACAGGAAAGAUUGCAGCUAGUUUUGGUAGAAAAAUUCACAUUUUUGAGCCUACACCAUCAAACACUGACAGUAGUCAUGCAACCAUUUUAAGUGGAGAAGUGUUUCCUUCUGCGCCCAAAUCUGACAGACAAUGUCCCAGCAGAACUAAACAUGAGAUCGACAAGAAAUUGGACUACAGAUGGUUCCCCACGGCCGAGCUUGAUGCAGAUUGUUACAUUGAUUGUUUAAGUUGGAAUGUAGAAGGCUCUCGUCUUUUGACUGGUGGGGAAUAUAUACAGAUGUGGGAAUUUAUACACAGUGCACCCCCGUUACCAACAGUCCCACAAAAAGUAUCUUUCACUCUUGGGGUCAGUCACUAUGAUGAAGAUGACCCAGUAAAUCAACGUUAUGUUCAGGCCAUUGCUGACCCUGAUCAUGUGAAUGAACAUCAGGCUGAGCCUGAUCCUGGAUCAUGGGAAUGUGUCUGGAAAAUUAAGCCUGCAACACCAGUAACACAUAUUGAAUACUCACCAGACAGUUUUGUGUUUGCCAGUUUGGGAAAGAAUGAAAGGCUUGUGAAAAUUUGGUAUGAAGACCAGAAAGUAUCCCAGGGCCUGAUGAGACAUGACAGUGUUCUCAGCCCCAAGAAAAAUGCUGUACACUAUACAUUUGUAUAUAUCAGUCAUCCACGAGCUGUGACUGGAUUUGAGUGGAGGCAGACCAGUAAAUAUAUGCCUAGAGGUUCAGUUGCCAAUAUGUUGGUCACAUCUUGUGAAGAUAAUGUUUGCAGAAUUUUUGUUGAGACAAUUCUCCCUGAUGCUGGCCUUAUAGACUUAGAACAGUUUGAUCAAGCUAUGAGCUCUGAUCCGAAAUAUCAUACGCAGAGGCACAAAAGUAGAUUUGUACAGAGACUGAAAAGCUUAAAAGUAUUUCAUAAAAGAAGAAAACAUACAAAACUGGGCACAGAUGGUCAGCUAAAUGGACAAACCCUUCAGAACUCUUCAAGUGCCCAUGACUUUCACAAAUUUGCUAUUCACCACAAUGGUGUUUCUCCAGUACUACAUUUCCACUUGGCCUGUAGCAUCAACCCUGACACAGACAUUCCACUUCUCCCCAUUGUGGGAAAUAAAGAAGAUGUAGAUAAUAACUUCAGACUGCAUUGGUUGAAUAACAAGGAGCUAGAGUUUACUAUGGAGGCUGAAAAGUUAUUGCAAGAACUUCACCAAAAACUGAUGGCUGAAGAAGGAGGCAUGCACCAGUCAUCAACACCUAAUCAGCUGUUGAGUGAUGUUGAGCAAGAGGAUGAAAAUGAUGAUACAGAUGAUGAUGAUAUUGGUUCUGGUAAAAUAUCCAAAGUUAAGAUGAGAAAGCAUAGAGGAAAUCUUCCAAAAGAGAAUGGAUUUUCAUCUCACCAUUCAAGCUUUUCAUCAACUGAUGAUUUAACCAAAGAUGAAGACCACCCACCUGAAUUUCCUAUUCAUUUACUCCAGUCUGGACUAGGGGAACGUUUGGAUCGCAAAAUUGAUGCUCUUUUGUUGGACUGGCAUAGCAAUCCUGAUUAUGUCUUUUGUAUUCAUCCUGUGGAUGGAAGUUUUCUUGUGUGGCUGAUAGAUCAUCUUGAUGAAAGCACCCCUUUUACAUUCCAUCAAGCUCAAGCUAGCUUCUCAUCUCGUUUACCUCGUGCAUUUCCCAUACAAGAUGCUCGAAGUAUGGCAAACAAACUACUUAUUUAUUGCAAUUUUAGCAAAAUGGAUAUUAAGUCAAUCAAUCAGUCACUUAAUAGUGCAGCAUUGAAUGGAACAAGUGGAAGUCAUUCCAGCAAGUCAGCAUUAAAUUCCAAGGUGAACUUGUAUCCAAAUAUGCUAGUGCCCAACAUACACAUGGUCACCAAGCAUAACAACGGAACACUGAAUCAAUGGCAGGUCAGUUUUUCUGAUAACACCAAGUUUCAAAACAUAGUGAGUGUGUCCCAUUCCUCUCGUGCAUGUGGUCACAGGUUCAGGACCAACUCUGCUGCCUGCCAUCCAGUACUUCCUCUAAUGUUGACUACAUCACAUCACAAUCUUCCAGGAAGUGAAAAUGAUGAAGAGAAUUCAAGGCCACAAGAAAAUAUUCCUGAUAUGGAACAGGCUAUACCAACAUUUUGUAGUGAGUUGAUUCUUUGGCAAGUUAUUCCAGUUGGACCCUUAUCUAAAUCUGGUGGGCUAACAGAGCUAUGUCGUGUGAAUAACUCUAGUCCCUCAGCCUUUACCAGUGUGGCCUGGGUUCCUACAUUGUUACCAAGUUCUAUUUUCUUUUCAUCAUAUUCUAAUCCCAGCACUUGUCUUGGUUCCUACAGUAACAGUCCUAGUACUUUGUUUGUGGCAUCUGAUCGACAGUGUCUUCGACUUUUUCAAGCUGUCAUUGAUGCCAGAAGUCUUUUAAUGGAAAAAUCUACAACAGUUGAUAAAAAGAUGAGUUUUUCAUCUGCCAGUAGUUCCUCUGGUGGUCAUGACUUGCCAGUCAAUUUAAAAACAGUUGCUGCAGACCUAUUUAAUGUUGUUUCACUUCAGUCCUCCAAUAGGCCAGGCUGUGUUUUAGAACUGGAUGCAAUUAGUGAUGCUCUACAGGACUGGCAGAAUAUUCAACUUCUGCAUGUGUACCAGGAGCAGAUCAUCACAGGAGUUGACAAUAAGGGGACUAGUGAAGCAGUUGUGGAUCUAAGUGGGCAACACACUUUUGAUGAAAACUUCUAUAUUGUGGUUGUGGAAAAAAAUCCAGAGGGUGGAUCAAAUCUUCAUAUGUGGAAGAUAACUAUUGACUCUAAACCAGCUGCUGAAAAAAAAAACAGUUUUGAUUUUGAAGGGUCAUCAUUAGAUGGACAAAGUGAUGACAUUGACUUUAAACCAAAUUUGCCAAAGUCACAUCAGGUCAUGACAAUGUCAGUUCGGACAACAAAGGUGUGUUUCGAAGCUCUUUCACUGCCUGAUGGUGUUGAGGUAAUAUCUGCAUCUGUCUCAGGGGGACAUCUAAGCUCAGCCUCAAUCUAUCCUGCCUGCUAUGCUCCAUACCAGUUUGUUACAGCUUGCUCUGAUGGUGAAGUGCGAUUCUGGAGAUGUAACUUGGCCAAGCUAGAUGAAUCCCAGGGUGAACUGAGCACCUCCACUGUUACCAGCUAUGAAUUCUCCAUGGAUGAAAGUAAUAUGAAAGUUCAGCCCCAAGUGCAGUCCAAGAAAGAAUCCAUGAGGAAAGAACAUCUGUACAGUUGGUCGGAAUGGCAGCUGACUACAUCAUCUACUAACAAAUCUAGCUCUGUUUCUGUUUCAGGUAAACCAAUAGCUAUCAGCUGUGCCUACAGUGGUCGUCUAGCUGUUGCAUUUAGGUUAGGACCCAUUAGAAAACAGCCUGAAAAUCCUGACAACAAAUUGGUUAAUUUACGAGUUGUCAUUUUGGAAUGUGAAUCCACAGGUGGGUCUGAGUGGAUUCAAGAAGAUACAAUAGAACUGAAUAAUAUAAAAAUUCCUGAUCCCAAGCAUGAAAUCGACAUGCUUACUCUGAACAGUUUAGACUCACCCCAGCUGAUUGACUUAGACCAUUCCACUGUACAGGCUGCUUUCUUAACCAGGACCAAAUCUGUACCCAGUCUCAGUACUAUAAUGUCUGUUAGAAAGUCUAUUUCUGAAGCUGGCAAUAAAAAGGGACUCCUACGUCAGAAGUGUCUUGUACAGCUGGACUGGGUGUCUACAGAAGAUGGGUCUCACCUGCUGACUGUGGGAGUUGGUUCCAAGGUUCUCAUUUAUGGACAGGUCUCUUAUGAAAUAGCUAAGUCAUUGAAAUCUCUAAAUCAACAAGCAGAAGCCAGCAAUGAAGACAAAAGGUCAGCAUUUGCCAACAGCAAGAGAUUGGCUGUAAACAAAUCAAUGGUAGCUGAAGAUUAUCAGGAGGAAAUCAAAUGGAUGCAGCUCAAAGGUAUAGAACUCUCUACUGCAGAUGGAUUGCCUCCCUUACCAAUGCACAUUAAUUGGGUGCGUGCUGGAAUUCUGGUUGUUGGCAUGGACAAUGAAAUGCAAGUGUUCACUCAGUGGAAGCCUGACAAUGAAAGUAUAGAAGCAGUUGAAGAAGAUCCUGCCACUGACUCUCGAACACUAACAGAAGCCAAGCUUGUGACCGCUGCCUCCAGCUUGAACCUCUGCAGCAAUUUCAAAUCAAAAUCAAAUUUUAAGACCUCUUUCUCCAUGUCUAAUUUCAAACACAUUUCAAAUAGUGGUUUGCAGCCUGCCACUUCCAAGCGAGAGUCAGUUAAAAAAAUCAACCAGCCCUCUUCAGGUGUUAGAACAAACCAAGCUCGCAGUGAGAGUAUAUCCAGCCUGCCUAUGUUGUAUGACACUGGGCUGUUUGAAGCAGCCAGAUUUGCCAAUCCAGUUUUGCCACAGUACCACCCUAAGCUCCUCAUGGAGUUGCUCAAUUUUGGCAAAACUAAGAGAGUCAAAGCAAUACUUGCUCAUUUGGUCAGAUGCAUCAGCUGCUCUGAUGGUGUCCAUAGCAUUUAUUCUGAGGAACACCUGGACAAUGGACAUCUCUCUGUCAAACUUACCAGACAGAGAAGUGUAUCUGUCAGAAGUGAUAAUGAUGGCAAAGAAGCAGAGACUUCUGUCAACUAUGUGGAGAUAAAAUCUAUCCCCCCUCUCCCACUCUAUGCUUUGAUUGCAGCUGAUAAAGACACAGCAUCAAUUCAUACCAGCACAAAGGGAGCUCAUUCUACUAAAGAUAAAGACUACUCUGAAAUAUUGGAUGUUAACAUUCAAAAUACAGAGGAUGAUUUAGAUGAGCAACUUCUGUCCACGUCAGCAGAUAGCACUGACAGCACACCUCGUAGGCCUCGUUUACUGUCAAGCGGAAACAAACCCCCCACCGAUCCCUACAGUUUUAGCCCAGCCCAAGCUUCUGUUUUGAGGGAAUAUUUGUUCAAGUUAAAUUUGCCAGGACUCUCAGGGAAUGAUCAGUUCUACUUGGCAGCUUUAGCAGAAGUGGUAGGGUCAACUGCUUUAGAUUUCCAAGAUAUACAUGAUGGAGAAACAAACAAGGAGCACCAAGGCAGUGUGGAUGAAUGUGGUUUGAGAUUUUUGUUGGCCAUAAGACAAUACCAGUGUCUGGUCAAGACAUUACCACCUAUACAAAGGGUUUCAUUGUUGGAAAAUGGCAUUAGAACAUUUCAUCUGGUCUGGGCUUUCCAUUCAGAAUCAACACAGGAAUUGUUGUCUGCUAUUCCAUGUGUAAAAGCAGAUGAGCCAGUUUGGGAUGAGCUGAAACUCUAUGGAGUGGGAUGGUGGUUAAACAAUAUGACACAUCUUAAGGCUUUAAUGGUUAAAGUUGCCAAUACUGCUUUUAAGAAGUCCAAGAAGCCAAUGGAUGCUGCACUUUAUUAUCUUGCCAUGAAAAAGAGAACCAUUGUCAAAAGUUUGUUUAAAACUGUUCAAGAUAGCAAAAUGGAGACCUUUUUCAACCAAGAUUUUUCAAAUGAAAAUAAUUGUCGUGUGGCAAUGAAAAAUGCUUUUCAUUUACUUUCUAAAGGGCAGUACCAUCAUGCCGCUGCACUGUUCUUUUUAGCAGGAAAAGUGGAGAAUGCAGUGAAUGUGAUCCUUGACAAGCUUGAAGACCUACAGUUGGCUAUAGUGCUUUGUCGUCUGUAUGAUGACACUUUACUUGCGGAUUCUGUCCGGCAACUAUUUUAUGAAAAGAUUUUAGGCCUGGACAAAGAUGGUCGAAACUAUCAAUCUAAGCUUGCCAACCCUGAUCCUUUCUUAAGGUCCAUGGCUCUAUGGCAAUUUAAAGAUUAUGAAUCAUCACUGCAGACUCUUUUGGAAAAAAAUAUUGGAACAUCUUAUCCCCAACCUCAUGGUGACAUGGACAAGCUCUUGCAAAUAACAAGAGUAUUCAAUUUUUAUAAUUACCUGAGGACUCAUCCACUGAUCACUCGUCUCAGGCUAGCCUCAUCAUCUCUCAAACAGCGCACAGAACUCAUCACUGGUUUCACACAUACAGACACUGUGGUUUCUGAUGGCAUUACAACUUUGGAUCAGAUAACACCCUCAGAGCGUCAGCUCUUCUUUGCCACUGCUCAUGCCCACUUCCAAAAUGGAUGUCCCUUGGUGUCUAUAGAGGUUAUGAGGAAAUUGCCCAAAUGUCCACUUCUAGUGCAAGAAGACCUCCAAAAGAUGGAGUAUUUUGCCAACCGGAGGAGGAUGUCUAUGUGUGAAAUCAAUAGCACCACUGGGACAUUAGAAGAUUUGAACAUUAUGUCUCUAAAUAAAACAUCUCCUGGGGAUUCAGCUACUAAUAAUAAAAGUACAUCUUCCAACAAGGCUGAUUCUGUUGAUUGGGGCCAACCCCUUUUGAAUUCCACCAGUCAAACUGCUUCCUCUUUUGACUGGGGCUUUUCCAACCAUGUGCGUUUCAAGGAUGACCUUGACCUUGAGUUAGAUCUUGACCUUGGUGGAAGCGAUGACGACGAAGAGAAUGCUGAUGAAGACGAAGUAAAUAAAAACACCUCAGUUGAAGUUGAAAGUAGCGAUAAAAAGCAGACUGGUACAGAUGAAAAACAAGAUGAUGUUAAUCAAAUAGAUAUUAUGGCACAACAGUACAAGUUUAUCUCUUGCCUUAAGGUUCUGAGUGAAGAACUGGGCAAUCUCGCUACAGGGUUUGAAGUAGAUGGAGGGCAGCUUAGGCACCAACUUUACAUCUGGCUAGAGAAAGAAGUUGAAGUUCUCAGAGUGCUUUGUAACUAUGGUAGUAGUUUGGACUCAUCAACAUACCCUGUACCACCUGAGAAUGAAAGUAUUCUUGAUGACUCAGAAGAGACAAGUGAUGCUUUCCAAAGGAAUGCCCGCACAAUGUCAAUGAGGUCUGACACAUCUUUAGGUAAAGCUUCUCUUUAUGAAGUUAUGAAAGCAGAAAAGCAAGACCUGCAAAGUAAAGUAGCUAGAAUGAUAAGAAGAAAGGCUUGGCUCCGUUCCAAUCAACAUCUUCUACGAACUCUGGCAUCUUACUGUAUUCUGCAAGGAUCUGGAGGUGGAGGGUUAGCAUCUGUAAGGAUGGAAAUUUUGUUGCUAUUACAGGAGCUGCAACAAGAGAAACCACAACAGCAAUUGUUGUCUCCUUUACCAUUCCCUACAACACUACCAUUGCUGUCUGCCAGUAUAACCAGCAAUAGAAGUGUCAUAGCUGACCCAAUUCAGUAUCUGCAGUGCAGUAUACAGGAUCUUUUGCUGGCUGUUGUUGAGAUGCCUCUGCCACCGGGGACACAAACUGAUAUUGGAUUUGUCAGCACAAUUAGAGAUUUGGCUGUGGCUCUUUCUUCAUGUAUAUAUCAAAGCUUAUGUGAUAGUGAUUCCUUUAAUGUGGAUGCUGCUGAAGUUGGAAUCGAUGGAUUUAUCAACCCUGAAUUUUCAUAUCCAUCAAGUCAUUUGAUGGCUGGCGUUAAAAGAUAUCGUCAAAGAAGUUUGAGCAGCAUAGAGGAAGUUGUUAAUACAUCAGCAGCUAAGUGGCCUGGUGUUCCUUCACUGCAAGUACUUCUAGCCAGAGAGAGAGAUGAGGAUGCCCCCAAGAUUAACGUGAUGCUGAUUGAGUCCCUGAUAGCUGUGUAUAUGAGCUUGUUGAUCUCAGCACUUAGCAUGUAUGACCCACAGAUCAUCUACAGACUUGUGGCUAAUAAACUUGAUGGUAAAACAUGGGCAGCCUUGUUUGGUGGCGGAAACAAGACACCAAUUAAGACAGACAAAGUUAUCCCAAGACCACAAGAAAAAGUCAGCAAACAUAUUAUGAUGUUGAAUUUUAAAGUCAUGGGGAAUGCCAGUGUCUCUUCCAGCUCACCCAAUGCCCUGCCUGAAACAAAAGUCUCAUAUAAAGAAAAGUUUAUUGCACCUGAGCUCAGUAUGGUCAACUAUUUUAUGACCAAACCAUUUGUUGCCUCUGCUGAUGCCAUACUAGACUAUGAAUCUGAUGAUUCACUUGGAUCUGACGAUGAAGUUUUAUCUUCUGAUGAAGAUGAGGAUCAAGAUGAUACAAGUUCCAUUAAAAAAAAGAAGUCUUUGCGUAAGAAAAAAGUAAAUACAGAGCAUAGUGACCCAAAUUCCUACAGUUGGUGUCUCAUACGGUACUCUGUGAUCAAAUCUGUCAUCAAUAACCUAGCUGUCUUUUUUCCACAAAUUGGUACAGAGCUGUCAGAAUUACCUAAUGCAUCCCCAAAUCUUCAUGCUGUGAUGAAGGUCUUAGAACAAUGGGAAGAAAUCCUUCAGUCUCAGCUUGAUGCAUUUGGAGGUGCCCCUGAGAAUUACAUACCAGGCUUAUUUUCUGAUCUGAAUACAAUUCAAGGCAAAAGUAAAUAUGAAGCAUUAUUACAGCCUAAUAACACACCUUUUGAUUCCAUCCGGGCCACUUUACCCAUCAAAAGAUUAUGGUUUUACCUUCUUCAGCAAGAUAAACUGAAAGACAUUUUUAUCAGAUAUGUUUACCGUAAACGAAAGGAACUUGAAGAUAGUGAGAUGGGAUCAAUGAGAACAUCUAGCAGUGACUAUGAACAUCAAGUGAAAGAACCAAUGAAAAUUAUCCACAAAGAGCAGGACAUAAUUACUUCUUUUGCUAUCAACCAAGCUAAUAAUAAAUUGAUAACAUUGUCAACUCAAAAAGAGAUAGUAGAAUUAGACAUUGGCUAUCUACUUCAUCCCCCUGUUUGGUUAGAAGAUGAAAAUGAAUAUGAUAUAGAAAUGUUGAGAAACCCCAACCCUGGACCUGAGAAUCCAGAGUUUCUGGUUGUUCAGACCCCAAUGGACACCAUACAACCAUCAAGUGGUGGUCAGACACCUAGUACAUCCUACAUGCCUUCACCAAGCUCUAGUCAGUUCAAUUUACAAACUGGAAGAGGAUCCACUGUGCCUAUAUUUCAGGCUAGAACUCAUUCAAAAACGAUUACAAGAAGACCUGUGAUGGGUGUCAGACGUAUUGGAUCACACCCAACAUUGCCUCAUUAUCUUACUGGUGGUGCUGAUGGUGCUGUAAAGUUAUGGGAGUGGGGACAUAACCAGCCCCUAGCAACUUUAAGACAAUCUGGAUCUUUCCCUAAAGUGACUAAAGUUCUUUUUAAUGCACAGGGUAAUAAGUGCUGUGUAAGUGAUGUUGAGGGAAGCAUAGCUCUGUGGCAAGUUGGACUAGGCAGUAACCAUAGUAAGCCAAUUAUGGGACUGCAGUGUCAUAACAAAACUACAAGUGACUUCCAGUUUGUUGGCUCAUCAAGUUUGAUAGCAACUGCAGGCCAGUCAUCAGAACAUAAAAAUGUGUGUAUAUGGGACACAUUGCUACCUCAGAGGAGUUCUUUAGUGCAUGCAUUCCAGUGUCAUGAACAAGGAAGUCCUGCUGUUGUCUAUGCUUCACGUCAACACUUGCUCAUUAGUGGAGGAAGAAAGGGAGAAAUCUGUAUAUUUGAUUUACGUCAGCGUGUACUUAAGCAUACAUUCCAAGCUCAUGAAGCUCCAAUCAAGUGUCUAGCUAUUGACCCUGAUGAAGAUUAUUUUAUAACUGGUUCAGCAGAUGGAGACAUCAAGGUUUGGGGUCUAAAGAUUCAUCAGCUGAUCUUCUCAUUUCCCAUGGAACACAGCAAGAACACAUUUUUCAAGAAUGUCGGCUCAACCUCAGGUGUAGCCCAGGUUCAUGUGGGCCCACUGAAUCAUCUGUUCUCGUGUGGUGUUGAUGGGUCCAUGAAGUUCAGACAGUUACCUGAACGUGAACUAGUAGUGCAUCACUGGGCCUAAGUGAAAAAACAAAUUAUGUAUAAAUACAAUUUUUAAAAAUAAAUCAAUGUAAGCAGUGUUGAGCACUUAAUUAGCAUUGUGCCUACAAUCAUAUUUUUAGAGCUAAUGAUAUCACCUAUGCAAUCAUUUUGGCUUAAAGUUUAAAAAAACAAAAAAGACUAUGGUAGAUUAAAUAAAUAUGAUUAUAUGAAAGCAUAAAGAUUUUCAGGCCAAAUAAAAAUUAGAACAUAGUUUCUUUCCUAAAUUAAAAUGAAAUUUCUUAUUUUUAAAUCUAAAUUGUAGUUGAUUUUUAUUAUUUGUGUUCUAAACCUGUGCAAUAUUUCAUUGUCAAUAUGUUCAUAGACCUAUGUGUGUUAAUUGAAGUUCACUGGAUGUUGAGUUCAUUUUAACAUUUGUUAUAAUGAUUUUCAACAUUUUUGUUUUGAAACUUUCCUCUUCAUACUAAUCUGUUCAGCAUUGAAAUCUGCUUCUCUUUUAAACAAAAAUAGCUCUUUUAAUUAUCUGGAUUAUAUUAAUUGGAGCUUAUUCUUUAGUCAUGUAGAUUAACUUGGAUUUGUGGCAUUGUCUGAUUAGACAUGGAUUUUGUAGAAAGUUACCAUGUACGUAAGUAUUAAGAAAUAAAUGAUUUUAAAAAACUUGUGAGGCAAUAAAGAGUGUGCUGCUUGGCAUAAUUAGAGUUUCUAGCACUGUCUAGAAUGUCUAAUCAUAAUUGUAAUAUAUUUAGGUCAGUGCUACAGCUUAAUAAAAUUUACCAGUAGACCUGCUUUCUAAGUAUUGUGCUAUUGAUUUUUUUAAAAUGUUUCCUAACACAUAAUGUUAAUGUAUAAUUUUUUCUCACCUUUCUUCCUUUUUAUCUAUCUUUUUUUUUUUGUUAUUUAUUUAUCUUUUCUGGUGUAUGGUAAGUACCUUAUGCCUAUAAGAAAAAUCUUUAACUUUCAUAACUUUAGGCCUAUUGUAACUUCUUGGUUGUGAGUCCAGUCAUUGAAAUGUUUUGUCUGAAAAGAUUUUAAAUAAAUAUUUUUAAACUUUGAACUAUUAAAAGAAGCACUCUUACUCAUCAAUAGAUUGCAGAAAUGAAAUAAUGUGUGUUGUAAGAAAAACAUUUUAAUGACAAAAUGAAACCACUUAGCGUAAAUUAAAAAAUUAUGUGGAGCAUUUAAUAAAAUAUAUAUAUAAAUAUAUAUUUUAAAUAAGUGUUCAAUUGCAUGUUUUUGAAUGUCUGACUAGAAAUAAAAUAUAUAAAAGUAUUGUUUUUGAACUGCUAACAUUGUUUUUGUUUGUUAUUGUUUUGCAUUGCUCUGUAUUGCAAAAUGCACAGUUUGUUAAGCUAGACACAGAAUGUCAAAUUAAAUAGAGAAUACAAUUAAAAAAAGAGAGACAUAUUUAACAGACAUAAAAAUUAAAUGUGAUAGUUGCACUAAUGUGAUAAGAAUGAAGUUGGGUAAAGCUAAUUUAACUUUCUGUAGUUCAUCCAACUGUAACUUUAAAAGUAAUAUGUCCCUUGUCAUAUCAUGUUCUUCUAUUCUACUGCUUGUUUCAUGCUUGAUUAAAAUACAGUUAGGCAACCUUAGCUUAAAAAUAGUUUUAUCCCAAUGCUUGUUAAGUCGAAUCACUCAGAAAUGUUUGCUGACCUCAAGAAAUUCAUUGAACAUGUACAUUCUGGGUUUAAUGAGGCCAUCUCCAGUCAUUUCAUUUGAGAAGGUUUGACUGUAUAAAUGGAUUUUUUUUUCUCCAUCUUCAUAUUUGAUACUAAAUAUAUACAAAUAUGUAAUUGGACUUAUUUAUUUGUAAAUCACUGAUUUUGUACAAAAACAAAAUUAUAGUUUAUUUUUAAUGUACAUACAAUUAUUUCAAAUUUUGUUCAUGUCAUUGUAAUUUUUGUUUACUUGCUAUUUUAAUUUCAUUUCUUCUUCAAAGUCAGUUCAUAGUCAAAUAAAAUUCAAACAAGUUUGUAUGAUUUAAGUUUUGACCCUCAUAAUACUUUUUUUUUUUUUUUUU